AUGCCCUAUCGUUUGUCCUUGUCUUCGGCCGCCAAUAUUGGUGCCGCCAUGACUCUUCACGGAACCCCAUCCAAUCUGUUGGUGUCGACCGUCGCGUAUGAUCUGAUAUCGUGGCAGGAGUUUUUCGUCAACCUCUUGUUGCCAUCGGCAUCUGCUUCGAUCAUUAACUGUGUCUUGCUCCUGCUGUUCUAUCGGUCCGAAUUGUUAUAUAGUUCCGCAAGAGUAGCUUCCAAUUCGGAACAAAGCUAUCAAAUGAUUCUAUUGCAAGACGAAUCGCAGGAUGAGGACCAAAACAAUAAGGAUGACAUUGCAUUGGGCCAGACGUCGACGGAUACCUGCUGGUCCACUUGGCCCAAGCGCCGGUCCAUACUCCAAAUUUUUGGCAUUGUUGCUUUUGUGAAUGGCUUUUGCGCUGGUCUUGAUUUUCAAAGGGUUUUCAUUGCCGCAGGAGCUUAUUUUAUGGUUCUUUCUCUUUACAAUCGAAAAUACUCUAGCGCAGGUCAUGGUACCAAUGAUGAUAGUGGUGAUGAAGCAGGAGACCAAGUUUCAACUCGAGCCCAGUAUGACUAUUUUACUUUGGUGAAACAAUUGGGACAAUUCCUCAUUGUUGGUUCUCUGAAUGACACUGGAGUUCCACAGUUAGUGGUUUUUAAUGCUACGGCAUUGGUGGACCACUGUGACUACGAUCUCUUGUAUGGAUUUUGCCAGAUUACAUUUCUAAUAAUCAUUGCGGCGGCUUCCACCAUGUUUUCCAGCAUGGCUGUGGUGCAAAUGGCUGCUGCUUACCUUCCUUAUUCGCCACCCUAUGCAUGGGCACAAACAUCAUUUGCGGCCAACAUUGCCGGAAAUUUGGCAGUAUUUGGGUCUAGCACUCACUACACUAUAGGAGACCAAUUUUCAAAGACAACGGGAAAGUCUUCGCCCAUGACUUUUCGGCGAUAUGCUCUUUUUGGGUUUUUUUCAGGGUUGCUCUCUCUUUUCGUUGGGACUUGGCUCUUGUCGAGUUUUCAUUCGCUUUUCGAGUGUUCCAUGAGACUUGGAGAGUGUUGA